AUGCCAACAACUAGGAGGACGCGAUCCAGGGCUUCCUUGGCACUUCCCUUCCAGUUACGGCUGGUUCACAAGAAGUCGUGGGGCCAUCGGCUAAGAGAUUUCAUUUCCGGCUUCUUGAAAUCGUGCAGACCCAUUGCUAAGUACAUUUUCCCCAACUUCAUCGUAGUGCACUAUAUCUACCUGAUUACGCUGUCAAUCAUCGGGUCUAUUCUAUUGUAUCCGUGCAAGAACUCGGCGUUUAUCGAUGUGUUAUUUCUGGCUGCUGGGGCGUCUACGCAGGGUGGGUUGGCCACCAAGAGCACUAAUGAUUUCAAUCUGUACCAGCAAAUAGUGGUGUAUGUCAUCACGUUGCUGUCCACACCUAUAAUUAUUCAUGGGUUUUUGGCCUUUGUCAGGUUGUAUUGGUUUGAAAGGUACUUCGACAACAUUAGGGACUUUUCCAAGCAGAAUUUUAAACUUAGAAGGACCAUGACGUUGCAACAAAGAGAAAUAUCUGGCAGCAGUGGCAACGCCGCUCGAAGUAGAAGUUUCAAAGACAACUUGUUUCGUGGGAAGUUUGUUUCCAGAGAAGGCCCACACCAACCCGCUUCAGAUGUUCCCAUGGGCUCUCCUGACACGUCCGCAUCAUCCUCUAUCUCACCCUUGAAUGUUUCCUCCUCUAAGGAUGACUCCACUGACACUCAAAGCUCGCUCCCACAUUUCUCCGGUAAGCGUGAACCCUCAGAUGUCGACCCAACGGACAUUUACAAAUCAAUAAUGAUGUUACAAAAACAGCAAGAAAAGAGCAAACCAAAUUCCACGGAUUCUUCCCUCGAUGAGGCCAAUGAACCAGCUUUCAUCGUUCAAGAACGUCAUGAAAGAAGACCGCCACAUUACUCGCUGGAACACCAUUCUGUUUUGCCAUCUGCUGAAGAAUUGCACAGGCUAGCCCAGACUAAAAGUUUUCAGAAACUGCUUCGCUUGCAGAGAGAUGAAGGUGACUAUGACUUUGAUGGUGCACCCGGCAAAUUUAUGGUCACUAAGAAGAAGAAAAUAUCUAGAACACAGUCAUGUAACAGCCCAACGUAUGUGCCUCCACCAGAUCAAGAAACCUCAAGCCAAGCACUCGAAAAGGAUAAAAAUCUGGCCAGGUCGGCGCCUUCAUCGUCUGCUGAUGAGGAGAUGAGUUUUUCGCCGCAAGAGUCCUUGAAUUUACAGUUCCAAGCACACCCGCCCAAACCCGAACGACGUGAAGGUGAUAUAGACCACCCUUUUAACAGAACAAUGAGCACUAACUAUCUAUCGUGGCAACCAACUUUUGGCAGAAAUUCUGUCUUCAUUGGACUCACAAAGCAACAAAAGGAGGAACUCGGCGGUGUCGAAUAUCGCGCUCUGAGAUUACUAUGUUGCAUUCUCGUGGUAUACUACAUCGGAUUCAACAUUUUGGCGUUUGUGACCAUCGUUCCAUGGGCCUGUAAGAGGCACCAUUAUGCUGAGAUUAUUAGACAAAAUGGAGUUUCGCCCGCCUGGUGGGGGUUUUUCACUGCAAUGAGUGCAUUCAGCAAUUUAGGUCUGUCUUUGACCGCUAAUUCCAUGGUUUCUUUUGAUACUGCGCCAUAUCCACUGAUUUUCAUGAUGUUAUUCAUUAUCAUAGGCAAUACAGGCUUCCCAAUUAUGUUGAGAUUUAUCAUUUGGAUCAUGUUCAAAACCUCGAAAGACUUAUCUCAGUUUAAAGAGAGCCUGGGGUUUUUAUUGGAUCAUCCGCGCAGAUGCUUUACGUUGUUAUUCCCCAGCGCCCCCACAUGGUGGCUGUUUACAACUUUAAUCGUCUUAAAUGCCACGGAUUGGAUCCUUUUCAUAAUCCUGGAUUUCAAUUCUGCUGUAGUAAGACAAGUUGCUAAAGGUUAUAGAGCUCUUAUGGGCCUCUUCCAAUCUGUAUGCACAAGAACCGCUGGAUUCAACGUUGUUGACUUAAGUAAAUUACAUCCGUCCAUUCAGGUAUCCUAUAUGCUAAUGAUGUACGUCUCGGUUCUGCCACUGGCAAUUUCCAUCAGAAGAACAAAUGUUUACGAAGAACAAUCGUUGGGACUCUAUGAUAAUGGGAAAGACGACGACGGCACCACCCAGAAAACCAGCACGAAGGACACUGAACAGGAUGGCGAAUCCGAAGAGAGAGACCCCGUGCCAGCGAACUUCAAACCAAAGAAACAGUCUCCCAAAUCGUUUGUCGGUGCUCAUUUGAGGAGACAACUGUCUUUUGAUUUAUGGUACCUAUUCCUUGGAUUGUUCAUAAUAUGUAUAUGCGAGGGAAAAAAAAUUGAAGACGUUAAUGAACCUGAUUUUAAUGUCUUUUCUAUAUUGUUUGAAAUCGUUAGCGCUUAUGGUACAGUGGGUUUAUCAUUGGGUUACCCAAAUACCAACACAUCGCUAUCUGCCCAGUUCACCGUGUUAUCAAAGCUAGUCGUAAUUGCGAUGCUAAUAAGAGGAAGAAAUAGAGGCUUGCCAUACACUUUGGAUCGUGCCAUCAUGCUGCCAAGUGACAAACUGGAACAAAUUGAUCGGUUGCAAGACAUGAAAGCCAAGGGCAAGUUGUUAGCCAAAGUUGAUGAAGAUCCAAUGACUACUUAUGUCAAAAAGAGAUCUCACAAACUGAAAAAAGCAGCGACAAAAUUUUGGCGGAGGCACUAA